UGAGGUUAAAAACGUUAGCUGUCAAGUUUUGUUUUGUACACUUUGAAAGCCUCAUAAUUAAAAAGCCGAUUUUCUCAAAAAUGACUGCUUAAAUUAAGUACUAGAGAAUAUAUACUACUUAGAGAAUAUUUAUAUAACAAACUUAACUAAGCAGUUGUUACUCAAUGUGUGUAAAUGGCCACAAAUUUCUUUAUUUUUAUUAGUGACAAUUUGACAAGUGCCAGCUCACCUCCAUAUAUUUACUAAUACGUGUUAUAAUAUCCCAAAUUUAAAUAAAUUAACAAGACAAAUGGCUUUCGAGGGAGGAAAUACAAACGUAGAACUAUCAUCCUCUUUAAUUGAACACCUUCAAGCAGAUUUCAAGACCCUAGCUUCAGAAUCCAAGAAGAAAUAUCCUCAAGUUAAAGAGGCUUCCGAGGAGGCUAUAUCAAAGCUGAAGAAUGCUGUGGCAACACCUCAAACCAAUGUCUAUUAUCUCAUAAAUCAAAUUAUUUAUCCUAUCUCACAAGGUUGCGAAACCAAAGAUGUUAAACUUAUUAAGGUAUGUCUGCAAAUUAUGCAGAAACUAAUAACAAAUCAACUGAUUGAUCAAAAAGGAGCUGUGUAUGUUACCGAUGCCCUUUGGUCAUUAAUGGAGUCCGGUAUUGAGGAAGUAAGAAUUUUGCAGUCAAUUCUGUUACUGCUCACUACAAAUACAGUAGUUCAUGGUGAAACCCUAGCAAGAACUCUAGUUCUCUGUUUUCGUCUACACUUUGCAAAAAAUUCUACAACAAUAAACACGGCCGGUGCUACAGUAAGACAGUUGGUAUAUUUAGUUUUUGAAAGAGUGGUAGCUGAAGACGAACAUUUAUCUAAAAUAGAUAAGCCUGAGAAACUUCCUGUUAAUUUUGAAGAACUUAAGUCACCCAGUGGUGCUCCCCCUAAAGGACUACCUCCCUGUGCAGGCGAUGCUUACCUAUUGUUUCAAGACUUGGUGCAGUUAGUCAAUGCUGAUCAACCAUACUGGCUUAUUGGCAUGACAGAAAUGACUAGAACUUUUGGAUUAGCUUUACUAGAGUCAGUUUUAACACAAUUUUAUUCUGUAUUUUAUAAAUUUCCAGAGUUCAGCUUCUUGUUGAAAGAGCGAGUGUGUGCUUUAGUUAUAAAACUAUUUUCACCAAAUAUUAAGUAUAGGAGUAAUGUCCCAAACAAUGUACAACAAGCAACAUCAUUUGAAAAGCCUUAUUUUCCUAUAAGUAUGAGAUUAUUAAGGGUUGUGUCCAUAUUAAUACAAAAAUAUCACAGUCUUUUAGUAACUGAAUGUGAAAUAUUCCUCUCUCUUAUAGUGAAAUUUCUUGAUCCAGAUAAGCCAACAUGGCAACGAUCUUUAGCGUUGGAAGUACUACAUAAAAUGACUAUACAGCCUGAACUUCUGGUCUCAUUUUGUGAAUGCUAUGAUUUGAACAAACACACUACUAGUAUUUUUCAAGAUAUUGUCAAUUCAUUGGGGGCCUAUGUUCAAUCACUUUUUGUCAGCCAACAGUUGCAUAUGGGUGCUUCCAUGCCAGUGACUCAAACUCAACCGCCAGUAUAUUUAGCAGGCUUGCCAGCUGGUCCAGGUAUUUCCCCACAACCUGGAUUUCUCUUGAGAGGAGUAUGGCUUACUCUUGUCGCAACAUUCCCUACUGGUCAAGCAAAAUCCACAUAUCUGGAAAUGUUGGAGAAAGUUGAACCACCUGUAAUUCCUGAUGGGUAUGGAAUAUCAGUAGCUUAUGCAUGUUUAAUGGAAAUUAUCAGAUCUCUCAAAAUCACCAUAAGUCCAGAAAAGCAGCCCGACACGCCUGAAGAACCUCCAAGAAAAGAAAACAGCAAGGAACUGAACUGUCAACUGAUCAAUUCAAGUUGGUGUGGUCUUUUAUCUGCUCUCAGUCCUUUGGUCGAUGCCAGUACAGAUGAGUCUAUUACAGAAAACAUCCUAAAGUCAAUGCAAACUUACACUUCUCUUUGUGGUUUACUAGAUUUACAGACGCCUAGAGAUGCUUUUAUUACUGCUAUUUGCAAAUCCUCCCUUCCACCUCAUUAUGCCCUAACCGUCCUUAACACUGUAUCCUCUGGUAUUACCUUAAGACAGGGUCAAGUAGGGGAAGUUCAUAAUGUUUUAAUGCAAUAUGGUGAAAAUGAUUUUCGACAACAGGUUGUUGCAGUUGGCACUCCUUUACCUACAUCAUCAGUUCCUGCUGGUACUCAGCAGGGCCCAGUUAUGCUUACUUCAAAAAACCUGCAGUCUAUGAGAGCCCUAUUGAGCCUUGCUCAUUGUCAUGGUAGUAUUUUAGGGACUUCCUGGCAUCUUGUUUUAACGACAUUGCAGCAUUUAGUAUGGAUUCUCGGUUUAAAACCAUCUACAGGAGGUAGUUUGAAAGCUGGUAGAACUUCCUCAGACACAAAUGCAGUGAUAACAACUUCAGUAAUGGCUGAUUUGCCAGUACUUUCUACAAUGCUGAGUAGACUGUUUGAAUCCAGCCAGUUUCUAGAUGACGUAGCUCUUCAUCAUUUAAUAAAUGCUUUAUGUAAACUGUCACAAGAAGCUAUGGAGUUGGCUUAUUCUAACAGAGAGCCUUCAUUAUUUGCUGUUGCUAAAUUACUAGAGACAGGUUUAGUAAAUAUGUCUCGCGUAGAAGUUCUUUGGAGACCUUUAACAAAUCAUUUAUUGGAAGUUUGUCAUCAUCCACAUAUCCGCAUGAGGGAGUGGGGCGUUGAAGCUAUAACAUACCUUGUGAAGGCAGCUCUUCACUACAAGCAUGCUGUACCACUGAAAGAAAAUCAAAAACUGCAAACUCUCUUGCUUGGGCCGCUGUAUGAAUUGUCUUCAGUUCCUCAUGGAGAUGUUAGACAAAGACAAUUAGAGUGUGUUUUACAAAUACUUCACACCAAUGGCGACAUACUUUCUCAUGGCUCGCCAUUGAUUCUUGGAAUUAUUGGGGCUGUUAAUGACCAACAUGGAGAAAAUUUAAUAAGGAUAGCUUUUCAGGGUCUUCAGCUGGUGAUAACUGACUUCCUACCUUUAAUGCCAUGGAGGUGUUUGCCUCAAUGUGUAGACACUGUUGCUAAAUUUGGUAGCCAAACUCAAGAAUUAAACAUAUCUCUUACAUCUGUAGGCUUAAUGUGGAAUAUAUCAGAUUAUUUCCAUCAAAAUCAAGGUAAAUUAAGUGAGACGCUCAGUGACGAUAGUACAGUAUUGCCAAAUUUCCCUGGUACACCAGAUAUGCCAAGUUUUGACAAACUUUGGAUGUGUCUUUAUGGCAGGCUAGGAGAACUUUGCGUAGACAGUCGUCCAGCUGUGAGAAAAUCGGCUAGUCAAACUUUAUUCUCAACCAUUUCUGCUCAUGGAGGUCUACUGAAACAGUCAACAUGGGAAGUGAUGAUCUGGCGAGUUUUAUUCCCACUCUUGGAUAAAGUUAAAAACGACUCAAACAACGCGAGCAACGAGAAAGUGGACGCAGGAGGAAACAUUCUAAUACAUCACUCGAGAAAUACUGCUCAAAAGCAGUGGUCUGAAACUCAAGUGCUCACGCUCUCUGGAGUUGCCAGAGUGUUUAACACAAAAAGACAGCUCCUACAAUCACUAGGCGAUUUCCCAAGAGCUUGGUCAAUACUCUUAGAGUUCAUUGAAAACGCAGCUUUAAGUAAAAAUAAUGAAGUGAGCAUUGCAGCUCUAAAAUCGUUCCAAGAAAUUCUUUUUAACAGCAAAAAUCAAAGCAGUGACAAUAAAAUCGCGUCAGACGACAAAGAAAUAUGGAGCGUCACCUGGAGGAUAUGGCUGAAAAUUGGAACUGACGUUACAGUUCCUAUAAAAGGCAUUGAAAACCAAAACAGUGAGAAUUUUUUCUUGCCAAGUCAAACAUUUUUGACCGCCCUUGUUCAGAUAUUUCCCAAUAUUUUUCACCAUAUUAAAAGCAGCUUUACUCUAGAAGAUUUGAACCAACUUGGGGUAGUUUUAACCAAUGCAGUAUGUGUUCCAGUGUUUGGAGAAACAUCUCCUUAUAUAAUUUCUGUAGCUUCUGAUGUAAGCUUGACUCCCUUACAUGGAGGUGUUCUCCAUGCCAUGGAACUUUUGCAAAAAGAAGCCCUUCAAAGGAACAACAGUAAAAUGAUUCCAGAAAUAUUUAAACUAUUAUUGGUGUUCUCAAAAUUUACCUGUUCCACUCCUAGCUAUACAAAAAUGGAAAAUAGACAUACCAAGGUGUCUGACUGGGUGACAAUGAAUUAUAUUCCAUUUGGAGAGAAAGCUACUAAUAUGGUUGUUAGUUUGUAUGAAAAAACUGCAGAUAGUACUGAAGUGAUUAAUGGAAAUAUACUAAAAGAAAUAAUAGGCACCCUGCAUACUCCCUUAGGUUUAAAAUACAACUGCGUCUCUAGUAGUGUAUGGAAAUUAGCUGCAAGUAGUCUAAUAUCUGUUUUAAAAGUAGGUCUAAAAGUAGCCAGAUCUCAUGGAAAUCAGUUUUCGAAAAUGUGGAAUGAACUAGCAGAAACGUUGAAUGAUUUCUUAUUUCCCACUAAUUGUGCUCCUAGUCCAGGAGAUAAAGGUUUAGAUGAGAUGGUGUCUGAUGAACAAACUGAUUGUCAAAUAAUAGAGCUACUAAGAACUGAAGUCCUCCCAUACUCAAAUAGCAUACCAAAAGAGUUUAUAAUGCAAGUAGUUAUUCUUUUAAAUAAAGGCUCUAUCCAUUCAGCAACCAAUGUCAAAAAUGAUGGCGAUGUUGAGUUGACUCUAAGGGAGGAUUUUGCCAAAACAUGCUUCGAGACAUUGCUUCAAUUUUCGUUAAUUGACGGAGACUACAAUAAUCUUGUUAUAAACAAUGAUGAAAAAAGUAAUGGAUUAGCUGGACAACUUGCUGUAACAUCUUUGUUACAUCGUUUUGAAGAGGUACUUAAGAAGUACAUUGAAGAUGAGAAAUUAAGUGGAAAAUGCCCACUACCCAGGUACCGCCUUUCAGAAAUCUCCUUUGUCCUGAAAGCUCUAACAACCCUUAUCAUAUCUAUGAAAAAAUCUACUGCAGUUAAAGAUGACAAUAAAGCAUGGGAACAGUUAAUUUCUUUAUAUCCAUAUUUGGUGGAAUGUACAACCACCACAUCAAUUCAAGUAUCUAGACCCUUAAGGGAGGCACUUCUACAGUUCUGUGAUUUACUUCAACCCCCUAGCAGCAAAAACAAUUUGGUGAAAAAUUCAGUUAUUUAAUAGACAAAAAACGAUUAAUAUUAGCUUGUUUUUCUUUGAGAAAAAAAAACUGUGCGAAGCAAUAUGACAUUUUUUAAAGUUGCGUUGAUCAAAUUAGCCCAGACAUUUUUCUAUAUUAUUUGACAUAGUUUUUUUUUAUCUGUAUAAAGUUCCAUACAAUUUUAUUGUGCAUGUACCUGUACCAGUAAAAUGUCAUAUCCAUUGCUAUGAUAAUUUAAAUAUUAUUUCGUUUUGAAGGAUUUGCUAUUUGAUCUGCUUCUAUAUAUAGUAUAUUGAAAUGAAUUUGUAAUUAAAUUCAGCAGAUUUUUAACAGGAUAUAUUUAUUUUGUACUAUAAAUAUCUUUUAUGUUGUUAUUAUAAACUUGUUUUGUUUAUUCUUCGCGCAAAAGAAAUCUGAUUAUUUUGAAGAAAGAUACAUAAGUAAGACAAAAUAUAUAUGUAUAUCCAGUUAUAUUUAUUUUUCAUGCAAAUAUUUUCCACGAUUUUUCUGCACUGUAACACAUUCCACUAAGUUUCUUAUUCCUUUCUAUAAUAAAAGUAUAUAAGUAAAAUUUAAAAAAACUGCCAUUAGUGCCAUUAAUACUUCUGUUGAUUAUAUUUUAUCUGAAACUAUGCACUUUUCAAAGUAAUUCGUUUUAUUUCAAAUUAAAAUAUAUUUAUCUUUUUUUUUGAUAAAAAUAUCUUCUAUAUGAAGCAGAGCGCUCUGAUUAAAAGAGAAGUACAAGUCAAUAUGUAUAUUAAUAUAAUAUAAUCAAAUAUAGUUUUAAAGGAGAAUAUUCGAGAUAAUCAGAAUUUCUUUUGUACGUAAAUAAACUAAAAACUCUUAGGAGUUUUUUUUGCGAAAGUAUUAAUAUAAUUUUAGCGCUUUUAGUUUCCUUUCUAUUACAGACUUAUGGAUUUCUGUAAAAAUGUGAUUUGUAGAACUAAGCUCUGUUGUUUUGUUUAUAAGAAUUUGUUAUCCGUAUCUAUGUUUAAGUUUCU